AUGUCUGUUGACAAGGCUCUUAUUGGCGAGUAUUGUUGUAUGAUGCCUCUUGAGGGGAAACCUACCGAUGUACUGAGCACCCUUCCGGAGAAUAUAAUUGAUGAUAUUCUUGUGCGACCAAUUACAAAGUGUACCCUCGACAUUUCUAUUUCGAGAGGUUGUUCUAAGAUUGAUGACUUGAUAUCUUUCCUCUCUCGAAAUGGUGUUCAACAUCUUGUUCUUAGACUUUCAUGGCGUAUUGAACCAUAUUACAAAUUGCCUUCUUCAUUUUUCACAUGUUCUCAGUUGAGGCAUCUGACUCUUGAAAAUUGCUUAAUAGAGCUUCUUCCACCAGCUUUCAAAGGAUUUGAUAGGUUAAUUAGACUGGAACUAUGUUAUGUUGCAAUUUCUACCGAGUUGCUUGGAAGUUUAAUCUCUCGUUGCUUGUUGCUUGAGAAUUUGGUGCUGGAGAAUAUCAGAGUUUCUACUAACAACAUCAUUGAAAUUAAUGCCCCUAGGCUGAGAUCAUUUGACUAUGAAGGCAAUACAAGACCUCUCUUUUUUAAGGAUAUCCCUCGUCUUGCUAAACUUUCAUUUAGUUACUGCCAAUAUUUUGCUAGGGCAGGAAAAAUUAAUAUUGCCAAGUUUUUUGAACCUUUUUCUGCUCUUGAGCAUCUCCACUUGGACAUCGCUAGUAUUCAGCUAAAUGUCCUUCAUCACUUCAUUUAG